GUCAGACACAUGCUGCGGUAGGAUACCAUUAGGGGAUUCUAGUGCAGAUAAAGUCUGCCUAACUCAUGAGCGGAUCAGACGUCGAUGAGGAGAGAGUUGACGAUGGUAGAUUAACUCGUGCAAGAUCAAGUAGGAUCCCGUACGUGUUCAGGACCCUAGACGAGGGAGAAGAAAGACGGCUUCGUGCCGAACGCAGAGCCCGUGCUUUCACAGCAUCGAGAGAAGCAGCAAACCUUGCAGCUAGGGAACAGGCUGCAGCAGCAGCCAGGGCAGCAGCCAUGACUUCUUCAGCAGCAUCCUCCGCUGCAGCUUCUGCUGCGUUCUCGUCUGGACCCCAGUUUGGAAUGCCAACAGGGUCCACGGGCACUUCCAGUUCAACAGGUUCUAGACAAUCUACAAGUCAAAUGGCGGGCUCGCAAUACAACCCGUUGACUCCUCGCGAAAGGGAGAUGAGAGAGCUCCAACAGGUCGAAAGGAUUCGUGCACAGUUAGAGAAGGAUCUGAAAGAGGCUACCGAUAGAGAAAAAGAGAUAAAGAAUAGAACAGCCAGGCUUGAAACGUUAGAGUCUGACAAGGCUGACUUGGAGGGCUUAGAUGAUUUAGGAAUGAAUGAGCCCAUGAAAGUGUUGAGGAACAACAUGCUGUCGUUGCAUGCGCAUGUGGACAGCAGGUUGGACUUCAUGCAGAGCACUUUGGACCAGAUCUUGGACAUCCUAACAAGGCCAGGAUUUAGGCCACCAGCACAAUCGCCGUUGCCGUUAUCGGCGAUGUCAGGCCCAUUUCCAGUUCAAGCUGGUUCACAACCAAGUGGUACGUCUGCAGCAGCCGCACAGACUGUUGCAUCUUCUUCUUCGGGUCCAGCGGUGAUAGCUACAUCACCGCAACAACCUGUUCAGCAACCUGGACAGACGCAAGGUCAAUGGUAUCCUAAGACCCCAAUGAAACCGCCUCUUGCCUUCUCAGGCGAGAGGAAGGACGAGGAACUCAACACAUGGUUGAGAACGGUCCCGGUUUGGGCGAAGGCAAAGAGGACCUUGCCUGAGGACGAAGUGGUAACUGCUGCAUCCUACCUUGAGGGUAAGGCAGCCAAGUGGCUAGAUGGAGUAGUUGUAAAGGACCGGGUACGGCACCUUAGUAAACCUGUAGCAUCUACUUUGGCCAACAAGGAGCGCAUGAUUGUAACAGACUACAUCAAGGACGUAGUCUGUACCUUCUCCUAUGGAGGAGGUGAGCUUAACCAUAAGAUCUCGUUCUUGGUUAGCGACGACUUGCCAUUUGAUAUGUUGUUAGGCAUGUACUACCUCGAAGUUGUUGAACCCCAGUUCGACUGGGAUAAGAAGGUGCUCAAGCAUAAGUUGCCCGAUGGCCGAACCGUCAGAUUGACUAAGUUCAGGGCCAGCAGUAUUCUAGAUACCUAUGGCUGCUUGUGUGCAUCAGCGUUUUACAACUAUUACAAGCAAAACGAAGAGGAGGGUAUGUACCUUGUUUAUGUCUCUGAGAAAGGGGAGGCCGUUAAAACACCCCCAGAGAUAGAACAUGUCGUUGCUAAGUUCCCUGAUCUGUUCGAGGAGCCCUCAGGAGUUGUUGAUAGGGAAGUCGUCCACGCUAUAGAAAUCAUUCCAGGGAUAUCCGCGGAGGGAAUUAGGUCGGAAGAUGCGAAGGUGGCUAGUAUUCGAGACUGGCCACGACCUCAGACAGUCACUGAGGUCAGAUCAUUCUUAGGAAUGUGUGGCUACUAUAGGAACUUUGUAAAGAACUAUUCUAUAGUCGCCUCUCCUUUGACUGAUCUAACUCGACUUGACACACCGUGGGACUGGAGUGAUGAGUGCGAGGGUGCUUUCAAGAGAUUGAAGCAUGCACUCAUGAAUCAUGAGGUCCUCAUGGUUCCCGAUCCGCAGAAGCCAUUCAAAGUGACCACUGACGCAAGCCAAUACGGCAUUGGCGCAGUGCUGGCUCAACAUGAUGGGAAAAAGUUGAGACCGAUUGAGUACAUGAGUAAGAAGAUGUCAUCGAAGAAGUUGGCUAAGUCCACCUACGAAAGGGAACUCUAUGCUCUCUACAAGGCACUUGUCCAUUGGAGACACUUCCUUUUGGGAAGGUUCUUCUAUCUGAGGACUGAUCAUCAGACCCUCAAAUGGAUCAAGACUCAACCGGCUCUUUCUGAUGCACUCAAGCGAUGGAUUGAGGUCAUAGACCAAUAUGACUUCAAGCUUGAGUACCUGAAGGGAGAGUACAACAAGGUUGCAGACGCGCUAUCCCGUAGAGCAGACUACCUAGGUGCGCUAGUUUCUGAGUUUGGCGUAUCUAACGAAGUAACUCAAUCAUUGGUGGGCGCCUAUCAGGAAGACCCUGUCACGAUGGACAUCAUCCGCAAACUUCAGGCAAAAGACAAGGCCACAGAAAGUGAGUUUGUGAUGGUGGAUGGGCUAAUCUAUCUUGAUAAGGUCGGAGUGAAGAGAUUGGUAGUUCCAUCUAGUGAACAGUUGCGUAGUUUAUUUUUAGGCGAAUGUCAUGACGCAACUGGGCACUUUGGCUACAAGAAGACGAGUGCUAACUUCGUACAGCGAUUUUGGUGGCCCAGAAUGUUAGAUGACGUAAAGAAGUAUGUUGAGACCUGUCAGGUCUAUCAGCGGGACAAGCCGCGAACUCGAGCACCGCUUGGGUUAUUGAAGCCUUUACCUAUUCCUGAUGGUCCAGGAUUGAGUGUUUCCAUGGAUUUCAUGGACACUCUUGUGACCAGCAAGAGUGGUAAAAGGCACAUUUUCGUCAUCAUUGACCGAUUCACCAAGUACGCUAGACUAAUACCAAUGCCAAAGACAGCCAGGGCGAAAUAUGUCAUCAAGUUGUUCAAGGACAACUGGGUAAGGGACUUUGGUUUACCAAAGACCAUCAUUAGUGACCGAGACGUCCGAUUCACAAGUGAGCUGUGGAAGAAGACUGCGGAACAGAUGGGCAGUCAACUUCAGAUGACUUCAGGGAAUCAUCCCGAACCCAACGGACAGGUCGAACAAAUGAAUAGAGUUGUACAGCACUUGCUGAGGCAUUACAUCAAGCCCAGCCAGGAUGACUGGGAUGAGCAGUUACCUCUCAUCGCCAGCUUGUACAACAAUGCUAUACAUAGUAAUACCGGCGUUAAUCCUAACCAGCUGCACUUAGGGUGGAAGCCUAGAUCAGCAUUAGACUUCCUCCUACCUGAAAACCGACCCGCUGCAACUCCAGGCACACUUGAAUACGGUGUGCAAUAUGAGAAGUUGUUGCAAGAUGCUGUUGAACAUAUGAAGAAAGCUCAGCAAGCCAUGAUUGCUUCUGAGAAUCAACAUCGCAGACAGUCCACAUUUCAGGAGAUCGAUGCUGCCCCCAACCAUGAAGUCGACAUCGACGAUAUUGUGGAUCACAGGGAUAUGCCUGUUCCGAAGCCGUUGGGUCGAGGAAGACCUCCUAAACCCAAGAGGGAGUACCGGAUCAGAUUCAGGCAUCAUACGGAUCCGAAAGAGGAUCGGUGGUUUACCCGGGAGGAACUGAUGGAAACAGCUCCUCGGGUGGUGGCAGAUUAUAAACGGAAGCUAAAAGGGAAGGCACCUGCGAA